GAAGUGUAAGAAGUCAUUGUUUGUUUUUUUUCCAAAUAGGAAGGCAAUGCAAAAUGGUUUUGACUGUCCCUUUAACAAAUGGUAGUGGCAUUAGGGUGCAGUGAAAAGCCUGUACAGUUCUUAUAUAUAGCUCCGAUUUCCUUCAAUUUGGAAGGGACACGCUGGAUUUUGGGAUACCCAUUGCGAAAAUGAGUAUUAGCUCACCUCAGACGUCAAUUGACAGAGCGCCUUCUAAACGACACCCUCACUUGCCAAGUCCCAUUGCAGCCUGGUUGAGCAGCUUGUCAUCUGUUAGUGACGGAGCAUCAGAACGAAGGUCUCCCGGACACCAGCGCCAAACCACCGACUACAACGAGUCAACUGGUUUGGUUCAACGCUGUGUGGUUGUACAGAGGGAUCAAAAUGGCUUUGGCUUCACCGUUAGUGGGGAUCGGAUUGUCCUUGUCCAGUCUGUACGCCCAGGGGGCGCUGCGAUGCGGGCAGGUGUACAGGAAGGUGACCGCAUUGUGAAGGUAAAUGGCACUUUGGUCGCAAACAGCUCUCAUAUCGAGGUGGUCAAACUCAUUAAAUCUGGGACCUACGUUGCACUCACACUGCUGGGUUCCCCUCCGCCUUCCAUGGCAACAUCUGGGUAUCAGCAUGACGUCAGCUCCUCUGUAUCCCCCCGGAACACCUUGUCUUCUCCUGUCCCGCCUCCUCCCCCUCUUCCACCUCCCCAGAGGAUCACAGGGCCUAAACCACUACAGGAUCCUGAGGUCCAGAAACAUGCCUCUCAAAUUCUGCGCAAUAUGCUGAAACAAGAGGAGACAGAGCUACAGACACUGUGUGAAGUUUAUAACCGAACCCCAAAUCCCAGCCUGCAGGAACAGAUGGAAGGGGCCAGACGGAGAGUCUACCAACUGCAGCUAAAGAUUCGUCAAGAAACAGCAGGCCCUGGGGAUAUACUGCGUACUUACAGUGACUGCAGCUCCGUAGGAUACAAACCACCAGAAUGCCGUCUCUCCAUGGACUCACAAGAUGGCGACAGUGGCUUGGACUCUGGUACGGAAAGGAUACCGUCUAUUAGUGAGUAUUCCAUUAAUCGAACGUCUAUUCUAUCUGACCUGGGAUUGGACAGCUCUCAUACCUCCCCAGUCAUCUCUACGAAAAUUUUUCAGCACCGACGGCAGGGCUCAGAUACCGCCUUCAUUCCAGGAACAGACCAGACCGACAACAGCCGACCUUCUAUCAUAUGUCCAGAAGACGAUUAUGACCAUGGAGACUACAUAACCGAGUAUGAUAGUCUAGACCUGGAGAAGCUCAAAGCUCGGCCAGCCCAUAUGGGGGUGUUUUUGAGAUACAUCUUCUCUCAAGCUGAAGCUGACCCUAAUCCACUGCUCUUCUACCUGUGCGCGGAGGUGUGCCAGCAGCAGAAUGCCAGAGACGCAUUUGCAUUGGGCAAAGAUAUUUGGAUCACCUUCCUGGAUAAAAAUGCUCCUCUGAGGGUCAAAAUUCCUGAACAACUGCUGAAUGAAAUUGAUUCCCGUUUACUCUGCUCUGAGGAUAUUCGUGGAGCUUUGAGUGAUGCCCAGGAAGCCAUGAUACCAGAGAUACAGGAGCAGAUACAAGAUUAUAGGUCAAAGCGAACAAUGGGCCUGGGUAGCCUGUAUGGAGAGAAUGACCUUCUCGACCUUGAUUCAGACCCACAUAGAGAGCAUGAUGUUGCCCUUAAGCAGAUAGAACAUCUGAGGGAAAUCUUGUCAAAGUAUGAAGAGGAGAGAAGCUCCCAUAUGAAUUUUGCUUUGCGAACAUAUAUGAGUCAUGCUGGCAUUAGCUUUCGAGAAUUCCCUUCUCCCAGCGUCUCUGAGAAAUCCCAAAGUAUUCCCGACAAAGACAAAUGGCUUCCUUUUUUAAACAAAGCUAAGAAGAGCAGCAACGCAAAGAAAGAAAAAGACCGUGAUUCGGCAGAUGACAAGAAGCGAAAUCCCAUCCUUAAAUAUAUUGCCAAACCUAAGACCUCUCAAAGCACAUUUCAUGUCCCCUUGUCCCCUGGUGAAGUAAAACCUGGUAACGUAAGGAACAUCAUCCAACACUUUGAAAACAACCAAUACGACCUUCAGGAACCUCUAACCAUGCAGCGACUGUCCACUGGAAGCUUUCCCGAAGACUUGUUGGACAACGACAGUGCCAGGGCAGAGGUGAAACUCGGUCGCUCAGAAAGCUUGAAGGGUCGUGAGGAGCUGAAGAAAUCCCGCAAAGCUGACAACGUUCCCCGCUCCCGCAGUGAUGUGGACAUGGAUGCUGCUGCAGAGGCCACCCGAUUACACCAGUCGGCUUCGUCCUCAGCUUCCAGCCUAUCCACAAGGUCGCUGGAUAACCCGACUCCACCGUUCACACCCAAACUGAUCCGCAGGAGCAUGGAGUCUCCAAACCUGAACUUUACUGGUGAAUCCUUGCUGGCCAACCUACAGGAAGAUGACCUGGGACAUCUCUCAGACCUUGAUGUGGAGCCGGAUGCCCAGAAUUGGCAGCACACCGUUGGUAGGGAGGUGGCACAGCACUUAUCUCCGAAAGAACGAGCGCGGCAAGAAGUGAUACACGAGCUGUUUAUGACGGAGGCUUCUCAUCUGCGGGUUCUCCGCGUUCUGGAUCACAUUUUCUACCAGAGGAUGCGUAAAGAUAAUCUGCUGUCUACAGAUGAACUAUCGCUGGUCUUCCCCAAUCUUCCUGAACUCAUCGAAAUUCACAAUUCUCUAGCAGAAGUCAUGAAACGGGUGAGGGAAGAAGGACCUGUCGUCAAAGAGAUCGGUGAUCUCAUGUUGUUUCGGUUCGAUGGACCUCCUGGAGAGGAAGUUCGUGAAGAAACAGCCAAGUUUUGUUCUUGCCAGACGAUUGCACUUGACCUGAUCAAAACCAAAAAGAGGAAAGAAGCCCGGUUUAAUCUCUUUAUGCAGGAGGCGGAGAGCAGUCCCCAGUGCCGGAGGUUACAACUUAAGGAUUUAAUAGUGUCGGAAAUGCAGCGAUUGACCAAAUACCCAUUGCUAUUGGAGAACAUCAUCAAACACACGGAUGCCAGCACACUGGAAUACGAGAAGCUUUGCCGUUGCCGGGAUCGAUGUCGAGAUAUCCUAAAAAACGUUAACGAGUCAGUGAAACAGAGGGAGAAUGGAUAUCGCCUGGCGGAGUACCAGAAACGUCUGGACACCACAUCCCUGGAGAGGACAAGCAAUCCACUGGCAGCAGAGUUUAAGAACUUGGAUUUGACAACAAGGAGAAUGAUCCAUGAGGGCUCUCUAACCUGGAGGAUCACAAAAGAUAAGACCAUCGAUCUCAAUGUUCUCCUCUUGGAAGAUCUCCUGGUUCUACUGCAGAAACAAGAUGAGAAGCUAGUGCUUAAAUGUCACAGUAAAGCCACAGUGGUUUCCUCCGACACCAAGCAGACUUUUAGCCCAGUGAUCAAACUGAAUUCUGUGCUGGUGCGACCUGUAGCCACAGACAAGAGGGCGUUCUUUAUUAUCUGCACAUCGGAACUGGGCCCGCAGAUCUACGAGCUUGUAGCAAUGACAUCGUCUGAGAAGAAUAUGUGGAAGGAGCUGCUGGAAGAAGCCACCAAAACUGCAAUGAAAAACCCUUCUGCUUCAAUCAAACGUGUCACUCAGGGCCUGGUCCAUACAAGGAUGCCAUCUGUCGGUUCGGUGCUACAGGAUACUGUGGGCAUAAGAAGCAACAGUGAGGAUAUCUCAGCAGAUGACAGUCACAAUGACUUCUUGGUUCACUCUCACAAACCUGACGUUCUGCUGGAAGAACCAGAAGGGAUGGAGGAGGAUGAGGCUCAGACGCCAACACAGGUGCCCUUUCCUUCCAAUGUGGAGGAUACAGGAGGUGGGGCAGAGGACCAAUCUGAUCCAAACUACCAGUGGCCAUCAGGGGUCGAGGGUUUAGCAGAUUCUGCUCUGGAAGAUGUCCAGCAUCUCCGGGAGCUGAUCCUGCGGAGUCUUUACCCAUUAAGGCAUUCAGAGUAUGAUGCUGCUCCUGUGACUGAGCCAGAGGAUGAUAUCACACCCACGCCAUCAGUCACCGGUGGGGCCGGGCAUCCGUGGGAGACAACACCAUAUUCAGUAUUAGAGACUCUAGAUGGAAACAGUUUGGCUGAUCACAGGGAAGAUCCGCCCUCAAGACCUUCUAGUGUUUUAGGAAAUGGUAGGUCUGUGGUGGACCUCACUAACCAGCACAGGAGAACAUCCAACGAAGGAGAGGAAAGUGUUUGGGACCUGCUAGAGAGCCACCCACAAAGGACAUCUUUCCUGCCCUCUGAGCCAUCUGAAGCUGCUGAGGACCAAACUAACACGGCCUACAAGGUUGUCAGGAAAGCUGAGGUGGUGGGCAAUAAUGAUGUCAUACCGUUGCCAGACAGCAGCCAAUCAGACAGAGUGUUGCAGGAAGCUGGUGGCGGAACAGUUUUAGAUGGAAAUUUAUUUUAUGUGGUCAUGCCAACUGUUUCUGCAUUACCUCCACCUGAAGAAGAGCGGCCUAGAGAAACUCAAGAAUCUAGGGAAUGCAUACAACCGAUGGGAAGUCCAUCUUUGCCCAAAUCCCGGGAAAUACACAAGAUCCAGGCUUGCUCGUCAGAUACUAGCAGCCCCCCAGCACAAAGCUCAGAAAGUGAUGUGUUGCACUCUGAUUUGGCUCCAAACCUGGUCAUUCAAGAUGUUGAUAUGAUCUUCCAAACGAUCGAACAGCUAACAGCCAAAUUACAAAGGUUACAGGAGGUGGAGUCAGCACAUCAGGAGCUCUUAAGGUCUUUGAGGAGGAAACCUCCAGAAGAUGUGUCUCAAGAGCCUGAACCAAUGGAGGAUGACAAGCAGCCUGAGAUGCAUCAUGGGUCCAGUGUCCAUAGCAAUUCUCUCUUCUUUGUGAAGAACAGUGUGUCUGUGUCAAUCCAUCGAGACAGCCUUACAGAUCCACACGACAAUGCUUUAAACUUCCCAAUGGGCCUUUAACGUUGUGCACAGAUGCCAAAAACUGCUAGGGUCUCUACCACUACUGUUAAACCUCCCCCUCUGCUCAGAGUACCGCCCAAGGAGCGGGGGUACUUGGCAUUCGGGUGCGGAGAAACUGCUGCCAGU